GUUCUGCCGCCUUGCUCAAAGAUGGCGUCGUGCAGCAAUGGAGAUGACUCCGAAAUGGCUCUUCUAAGCGAAGAACAGUUGGAUGGCCGGCUAUCUCCGGAUCUAUGGCCCGAAGCGAUACCUGGAGUUAUGGAAUUCGCUGCGCUCCUUUCGCCUGCGCACACAAGGAGCACAAAGCCAAAGUGGGCCCUGGAUGAAGAUGGUCUAGUCAUGCUGCAAGAGCUUGGCAGCUUGACUGCAGCAGCACUGCUUGAAAAAGUAAAAGACCUGCAAAACCUUGCAUACAAGCUCGGAAUUGAAGAAUCUCGUGAAAUGACAAGAGGCCGCUUCCUAGACAUUCUUCGCAAGGAUAAAGGUUACAUGGAGGAGUAAGUCAUUCAUAUAUAUCAAAAAAAGAAGUGGGCCAACAACAGAGCCCUGGGGGACACCUGAAAUGACCAGAAGUGGGACGGAGGACUGAUCACUGACAUUGACGAAUUGCGAGCGAUUGAUUAGUAAUGCUUCAAGCCAUUUUAGUAUGUCUGCGUUUAAGUUUAAGAAGGAAAGUGUAUGUAACACGUGUCUGUGAGAAACUUAAUCAAAAGCUUUUUCGUAGUCGAGAAAGAUAGCGUCAGUUUGUUUGUUGCAGUCAAGAUUUGUAAGAAGGCCGUGAAUGAAAAGAGCUAGCUGUGUUUCGCAAGAAAGGCCUUUACGAAAUCCAUGCUGUGCAGGAUGAAAGAAAUGAUUGGCAUCUAAAUGGUCCAUAAUGAGUGAGUGAAUGACUUGCUCCCUGAUUUUACUUGGCAGACUCGUAAGGGAGAUGGGGCGACGAUUUAGCGGGUGAAGCCUGUUACCUGCUUUCUAGAUGAGAAUGACUUUUCCCACUUUCCAGUCAUGAGGGAUGCAGCCUACUGAAAGCAACUGAGCAAACAACAGGCACAAAAAUGCUUAGGAUAUAUCUUUAGUAUUUUUUUAACAGUUUUGAGUUAAUACCAUCGAUACCAGCACAGGACGAAAGUUUUAGUUUAUCAAUCACAUUUGAAAUACCAUCUACGCUGAACGUAAUGGCCGGCAUUCUAGAUACUACGUUGCUAGACAGUAAUGGCAGAGAAGCACUAGUAUUCGGGGUAAAAACUGAGAUGAAGGCAUUGUUGAAGGUUCUGGUGCAGUCGGUAUCGGACAUAAUGUUCCCCGAAUCGUCGACAAGUGUUAUGGCACGAACGUAACUUGGGUUUAUUACUUGACAAACUUUCUUCGGGUUUUCUCUAAGCAUUUUGGGUAAGCCGUUGUUAAAAAAAAUCAUGCUUGGUACCACGAACAGCAAUAUAAGUUUUUUCGGCAGAAUAUUUUUCCCAAGCGUUGGCAUUCGUACUCUGUUAGCAGCUCUGAAAAGUCUUUUCUUCUUAUUUUCUAAACACUUUAGCGAACCACAGAUUCUGGCGAUUCUCACGGAAGGUAAUUUUCGGUAUGUGUUUUUCUGCUAAUUGAAUCGUUUUACUUUUAAAGAGCACCUAAUUAUCAUCAAUAGAUUGUUCGUGAAAUCGAGACUCAAAGUUACAUAGAAAGGCAGUUAAUUCGCCAUUAGUGGCUCGGAAGUUUCCUCUAUCAUACAGGCUGAUUAUUUUGCUACAUGUUGCACAUGGUGGUGUGAAAAAUAAAAAUGUGGUGUGAAGAA